UAAGAAGAGCAAGGUUAGCAGGAUAUGGUGGUCAAUAUAAUAGCUAUGUAACUUUGAAGCUACAGAAUGUAAAAUCAACGACUGUUGCAGUCAAGGGAAAUAAUCCCAGCUGGGAGCAAGAUUUCAUGUUUGAAACCAAUCGGAUGGACACAGGAUUGAUUAUUGAAGUCUGGAACAAGGGAAUGCUGUGGGACAAACUUAUGGGAAGUCAGUGGCUCCCUCUUAUGAGUGUUCAGUAUUCAAAUGAAGUAGGAGAAGGCCAGUGGCUAUCCUUGGAUGCAGAGCUAGUGAUGAAUGAAGGUGAUAUAAUUGGCACAAAGACACCAACUGGACAUAGCAUUUUGGUAGAAGCUCAUUUCGAGCUUCCAUUUGACCUAGAAGGCACUGAUUCUCCUGAACUUCAACAUAAGCUAGAAAUUCUGAAUCGGUUAAUGGAUGAAAAGCUUGAAGCAAUGAGAGAACACCAGCCUCAUGUUUCAUAUCAGCUCAACUCUACUGUAUCUGAGGACAGUGACUACACUAGUGAUGUGGGAUACCCUGCUAACCAACACCCAAGUGCCUCAGUUCACCACCCCAACAGUUCAGCUUCUCAGUUUGGUGGUGCUUCCAAUUUAGUCCGGAGGGCUUCUCAGUGUGAUGACUUUUCUUUCGAUCGUGAAGGCUCUUAUGAGCUUGACAACUAUGAUGAAGAUAUGUAUGAUGACAGAGUAUCCCAAUCUAAAGGUGGAGAUAUUUGGAUGAAGGGAAGUGAUUCUGAAUCGGAUCCUCUGUAUUAUAACAGCAGACCACCAGAACGCUGCGUGCAAAAAGACAGAAAUAGUUCUCCUCCAGCAUCACGAAGAUGGGGAAUGUUUGGAUACAGUAAUGGUCCUGAUUACGAAAGUGACCAGAGCUUUUCGUUUGAUGCAGAUGACCACCUUAUGUAUAAUGAAUAUGACAGAAAUACAGAUGAUGUAGUUGCUAAUAUACAUAGGGAUACAGGUCGGAGAAAGAGCUUGGAGCGGCAGGGAGGGUUUGACCAGGAAAUAUUGAAUGAAAUGUAUGAAGAGCCUGAAGCAGAUUACCAAAAAGGUUAUCAUAGCCCAGACAGUUUGGAUGCUUUCAGACAGGACAGUGCAGAAAGUGCAAAUGUACCAGAAUGGCAAGGAGUGGUGAAUGGUUCCUCUCAGCCUUCUUGGGACCAAGAAUUCCAUUCUUUCGAAACUAAGGAAAGUGGUUCUCCUGUUCCUGAGCAGUGGAGUUCUGUUGAGCAGCCUUCCAUCCCCGAGCACUCUUCUCCAGGGACACUUGAAGAGCCAGAUGAAGUGUCUCCUGAGGAGGAGGAGGAGCAAGAAGAAGACACAGAUAAUAUAACUCUUAUAGAGACUGACUCUAGGCCUGAAGGAGAAAUGAUGUCAAAGGCAAAAGUUCGAUGGUUAACAGCAUUUCAUAAAAUCAUCGACCAGCUUAAUGAGGCUUGGUAG